GAAAAGACUUUAAGAUGCAAUACAAGUGAGUAACCAGUACAUACGAAACACAGUACUUGAUAAAGGAACCAUUAACCAAUACUCGAAGUGUGCAUUGACCACAGCGGACCACAAGAUCUUGAUUUCUUCAUUCUAGCCUAGCUAGCUAAAUAUGAAUGGUGGAUUCGAGAGAGAUGAUGAACCGCUAACGCCGAGCAGCCGGCUGUUCUUCCAGCCGGGGACGACUCAAGUUAUCAACUGCCUGGUGGCGUGCAAGAAUCCGGUGGACAUUGACGCCGUUAAAACGGCGAUAAGAAACUCCAUACUCAUGAAACACCCCAGGUUCUGCAGCGUCAUGAGAUAUGCUGGUGGCCGUGAACGGUGGCGUAGAGUACAUGUAAACGUCGACGACCACCUCAUCGUGCACCGGCAACGCCUCAGCGAUGACCGCUCCGCCUCCGACGAGGACUGCGUCAACGACUUCCUCGCCGACCUCGCCGUCUCGUCGCCGCUCGACAGCGACAAGCCGCUGUGGGAGUUCCAUCUCCUCGUGGCUCACAACUGCGCCGUCCUUCGGCUCCACCACUCGCUGGGCGACGGGGUUUCGCUCAUGUCCAUGUUCCUGUCGUGUUGCCGGAGGGUGGACGAUCCCGAUCUGCCGCCGGUCAUUGCCGGUUUGGGGACUUCGUCGGAUUAUCGCCGGAGAGGGAAACGGAAUUGGAGCGUUAUGAGGUUUUUGAAGGUGCUAUGGUACACGGCGGUGUAUGUUUUGAAGUUUGUGCUUAGGAUCCUGUGGGUGAAGGAUAAGCGGACGGCGUUGAGCGGCGGAGCUGGGGUGGAGCUUUGGCCCCGGAAGCUGGCCACCGCCACCUUCAUCCUUGAGGACAUCAAGACCGUCAAAAGAGCGGUCCCUGACGCUACCAUUAACGAUGUUCUGUUCGGAAUCAUAUCAUGUGGGCUGUUCAGGUACCUGGAAAUGCGUUCAUCCCGAGCUCUGCAGGAAGGACUGAGCAUGACUGGUGUUGCCAUGGUAAAUCUAAGACCACAAGCUGGACUGCAAGAAAUGACCAAGCUGAUGAAUGGCGAAUCGGGAUCGCGGUGGGGAAACAAAUUUGGUAUCAUUCUGUUACCUAUAAAUUAUCACAAGGGUGUGAAGGAUCCUCUCCAGUUUGUGAAGAGGGCAAAAGCAAUGAUUGACAAGAAAAAACUGUCAUUAGAAGCCCUCUGCUCUUACAAACUGAGGGAUUUGGUCAUGUCCUCCUUGGGGGCAAAGAUUGCGAGCUCGCUUAGCUACCGGAUUGUCUGCAACACGACCUUUACAAUCUCGAAUGUGAUUGGCCCUCGAGAGCAGGUCACUAUUGCAGGCAAUCCCAUUGAUAACCUUAGAGUAACUUCAACAUGCUUACCUCAUGCAAUCACAAUGCACAUGGUUAGCUAUGCAGGGAAGAUUGACAUGCAAAUAUUGGUCGCGAAAGACAUCAUACCUGAUCCAAAAGUCCUAGCCCGUUGCUUUGAACAGACCUUGCAGGGAAUGAAAGAAGCUGCACAAUCUAUCAUCGAAACUGAAAGAAGUAUCUAACGAAGAAAGCACACUCAAACUGUGAAGAACACACCGACUAGAAUGUGAAGGUUUUGGGCAAA